CGACGGUGAGUUGCUACAAAAUAGGUAAAUGUUUAUCCUGCUUCUUUCGGUUGCAUUACUGUUGUACAGUAACAUGUUAUAAGAGAUCGGAUGGCUCAGAUCACUCGACGGUGCUUCACACAUAAUUAUGCCCGGAGACAUCUAUUUCGCGUAUCUAUCCUAUCCAUCAAUCACAUUUCCUAGUUCCUACCUUCAAAAUUUAAAUGGUACAAUGUUCAACUAUUGAAGCUUUGAUCUGACUGCACAGACACAUUCCCAGGAGCAGUACAAUUAUACUGCCGCGAUAAGAUUUUUUUGGGUGUUAGGGGUGACCCCGCCACCUUUCAGCGCACAGCGCCCUGCACUAGCACUAGCAACAGCAGAAGAGAAUACACGGCAAGCCUGAAGCCUCCCCCUCCACUUCUUAUACGCGCACCCCUCCCUCUCAAACUCCCCCCAAGGCUUUUCCAAACCCGAAAACCACAGUCGGCGCAAAGCCCCAAGGCUUUUCCACGUCCAAAAGCCAUGUUCCGCCAGUCCUCCUCCUCCUCCGCGUCCUCCUACAGCGACGCGCUCAUGCACCACCACGCCGCGAGCUUCUCCGCCGCCGCCGCGGCGCUGUCCGUCACGGUCCCGGCGCAGAUCCCCCGGGCAGGCGGGUACCUCGACGGCGGCGGCAAUGUUGGCGCCUUCUCGUCGCCGCCGUCGUCCGGCUACUCCUCCUCGUUCCCGUCGUCGUACUACAACUACAACAGCAUCCAGAGGAGCAUCAGCUCGCACUCGCUCCCGAUGCACCUCCAGCUGGCCGACGUGUCCCUCGGCGGCGUCGGCGGUGGCAGCGGCAGCGGCUUCUACUCGCCGUCUUCGCCGUCCACGCACCAGCUCACGACGCUGCCGCCGCUCUCGUCCUCCCCGUCCUCCUCCUCCGGCGAAUUCUUUGAGUUCACCUCUUCGUGCCCCGUCCGCCGCGUCUUCAGCACCGGCGAUCUCCAGGGGAUGAACGGGUCGUCGCCGCCACGCCCGGUGCCGUCGGGCGACGGCUGCGGCCAAGAGGGAGGUGGGCCGUUCUCACAGAAGGUCGGCCGGUACAGCGCCGAGGAAAGGAAAGAGCGGAUCGAGCGCUACAGAGUCAAACGGCACCAGAGAAACUUCAACAAGAAGAUCACUUACGCCUGCAGGAAGACGCUGGCGGACAGCCGCCCGCGGGUGAAGGGCCGGUUCGCGAGGAACGGCGAGACCGACGGAGAGGCCGACGAGCGCGAGGCGUCCGACAACAGCUACGAGUACGGAUGCAGCCACAACGAGCUCAGCAGCAACGGCAACACCUACAGCGCGGGCAGCUGCUACGACGGCGGCCACUACAGCAAUAGGCCGAACGGCGCCGGCGGCAACAGCAACGGCGCCGUCUCAGCAUUCAGCGGUGCCGGCGGCAAUAACAGCAACGGCGCCGGCGGCGACAAUGGCGAGUGGUGGUGGCGGGCGCCGGGCGCCGCCGCGGCCGACGACGAGGUGCAGCGGCAGCAGCGGCAGGUCGUCGGCUUCGACGACGAAGAGGAGCUCUGGGCGACCCUCGGCGACAUGCUGUCGGUGAACCUGGCCUCGUAGGGCGAGUGAUCGCGGAGGCAGGCCAGUCACCAGUCACUAGCGCCGAUCGAGCAGCCCCGGCCCGCCAGGGGGGAUGGAGCGAACGCGACGUGGCGUUGGUGGCCGGUGGGGUCCGGUGCACGCGCGAGCACUCAAGAGCUCCGCUCCGCUCGAUCGGGGCGCGGGUGCGCGGCGCAGUGCGGUGUGGUGAAGAGGUCUGGUCGGCGUCGUUGACCUUCCCCUUGUGUAUGAUUGAUUGCCUUGUAAACUUUUAGCCAGAGACAUCAUGAAGCAGCAACAACAACAACAAAAAAAAGUUCGAAAACAUCGUCCCGUCGUCUCUAA